AUGACUUCCUCUGAGAUGGACGUGAAGACAUAUCUAGCUCGUGUUGGGUUUUGUGGCCCAGCCGAGUCGAGCCUGCACGUCCUCCGGUCUCUUCACCGCUGCCACCAGCUGUCGGUGCCCUUUGAAAACCUCACGGUGCACAGCGGCGGACGUGUGAAACUAGACCCCCCUCUUCUGUACGACAAGAUAGUGAACCAGCGCAGAGGGGGUUUCUGUUUCGAGAAUAACGGCCUGUUCUCCUGGCUGCUGCGCCAACUGGGUUUCCAGGUGACACUGUUCUCAGCUCAGGUGAAGAGUCUGAAGACCGGUUUCUACGGGCCACCUUUUGACCACUUGGUCCUCAUGGUGAGCCUGGAUGGAAAGCGUUGGCUCUGCGACGUCGGGUUCGGCGGGCCUGGCUUUAGUGACCCACUUUCACUUGAGACCAGCGGCCCCCAGGAGCAAGGCCACCGUGUGUACCGGAUCAGAAAGGACGAGAGGAUGCACUUCCUGGAGUGGCAGCGGGAGGAGAACAGAGGGACGGAUGGAGACUGGACAGAGAUCUACAAGUUUACUCUUGAACCUCGGUGCCUGGAGGACUUUGUAGAGCUGUGCCAGUAUCACCAAAGCUCCCCCUGCUCAAUCUUCUACUGCAAGUCCGUCUGCACGAUUUUAAAGCCAGGAGGUAGGCUCACCUAUAUUGGCCGCAGACUGAUCACCACCACCUAUCCAACUGAGGCUAAAGGGUUUGAAACGACCACCAUGCAACUCAAAGAUGAAGAGAUCCCACAUGUUCUAGCAGUGGAGUUCGGAGUUGUACUUAAAUCUCCGCUGAUACCAAAGGAUGAGGAUAUCACACCACCACCUGCCAUGUACUGAUCAUGGACAAAUCUGCAGACGCUUUAUGAAUCAUGCAUGCAAUACAAGAUUUUCAAAGCCCCCUGUGAGGAGAGUUUAAAUAGUUAUAAAACUGACUGACAUUAGUAUUGAUGUCUCUACAAAAGACUAUUUCUAUAUUGUUAUUUUUAAAACCUGAAACCUCUCCAAGGGGUUAGGUGCCCGACGAGGCGAUCUACUAUCUAGGAAACACUUUGUUUUCAUUUUCCUCAGCAAAGAUCAGCGAGUGCUAUGUUUUAUAUUGAAUUUAUAUUAAAAUGAUUGAGCAUUAAAUGAAAGCAGGACGGGUUCUUUUGUCAUAAAACAUGACUUGCACAAAUACAGGUCAAGAACAGCAUAGAGUUGAAACAUACUGCUUUGUCCACAGGGGGCGCCAAAUUCAACACAAACUAAAUGUUCCUCACAGGAGCUUUAAGUAUCUUGAAACACAGAUUUGAAUACAUAAAUUCAUGGAGUGUGGGUCUUAUAUUCACCCACCAUUAACCCGUCAACCAGACAACAAAAUCGAUAAAUUGUCAGUUUGAUUUAAUAAAUUAUACAUACACUUUUAA